AUGGAUCACGGCACUGAACAGGCCCUUAAAAGCGGCAUUCAAAUAGCCAAUAUUUUGAUGCAAAAACGAGAUGAACUGUCUGAUUACGUCGUCAGUGCGGAGGUUAUUUGGGUACCCAAGGAGCAAUUCUUUUCGGCUUUCGGUGAAAGUAAGUUUGCUGACUGUGUGUGCUGCUUGGAAUGCAAACUACCUCACUUAUCCAAUAUAUGUGUAUGUCUUGCGUACGUAAUAGGUACAUGUAUCAUGAGUGUGGACAAAAACUCGCAUUGUUGGUACCUACGCAGGAAGGAAAAACUGUGA